UGGCCAAGUGUGUGUGUGUGUGUGUGUGUGUGGUGAUGGAUGAGAAUCAGAAGGUCAGUUUGUUGGUAUUGUGAGCUCUGACAGCAUGCACUCUUUCCUCCUUUCUGAGUGUGACGCCUAUGCAGAGUUAGUCGUGUGUGUGUGUGUGUGUGUGUGAGUGAGUGUGAGUGUAUGAUAGUGAAGCUGGGCGGGUCAGUGGACAGAACCGGGACAAUUUCUCCUGAUCCCUCUGUCAGGCUGCUUCUGUCCUGCUGAUCUGAUCCAUUUCUCCUGAGCAUUCAGACACCUCGAUCAUCACCACACUAAUGUGUGUUUAUUGGUUGAUCCUGUCUUUUUGGACACAGGUGUACUGUCAGUGUGAUGAUGAUGAUGAUGAUGAUGAUGAACAACACCUUUUCAAAUCUAAUUGUCAUCAAAAGAACACACCUGUCAGAUUCUCUCCCCACAGCGGAUCAUUGGUUUGCAUAUUUGAUUUGGCGCAGUUUGUACACCGGACGCAACCCUCCUCAAUUUUAUCGUGGCUUGGGACCGGCACUGGGAGUGCACUGUCGUGUGCGAACCCGGGCCCGGAAUCGAACCCGGGCCGGGGCGGGUCCAGAGCGCCGUGGCCUAACCACUAGUCCUCCAGAGACCCACACCUGUCAGAUUAAUAGUGCAUAUUUUAUAUUGUUUUCUUCUGUGCUUCUUAUCUUGUAUUUAAAAGUACACCUAUACCACUUUUCUCAUUCCGAUCAUCCAGAGCUCUGAUCCGAUACAGAGUUGACUCUCUGUGUGCUUCUGCUGCCAGGUUAUGUGAAACAUCACAGGCACUCUGGCAACAAACACAGGUUGUGUCCUUGACUCAAAAUCACAUGUUCGUGGGUCAGCCUGGAAAAGUCUGAUCUGAUAAUGAUUCCAGUCCACCGUUCACUUGGAUAGUAUCAGAUUGGUGCGUUCGUGGUUUCAUGUGAUCAUGUUGCAUUAGUGCUCACUUGCAAUACAAAACAUACCUGGCCUUGUAAGGAAGGGCAUUGAAGAAGAAGCAUCUUCUAGUUGUGUCUAGAUCAUUGCGUACCUGUCAAUGUGUGCUUCACAUAAGCUGAAGUCAUCACAGAAAGAGAAGGUUCGCCAGUUCAUGUCCUUCACCCAGGCCGGCGAGAGGACAGCCGUCUACUGUCUCACACAGAAUGACUGGAAACUAGAAGUGGCAACAGACAACUACUUCCAGAACCCAGAUCUCUACUAUAAAGAAUCCAUGAAAACCACAGUGGACCGCAAGAAGCUGGAGCAGCUUUAUAACCGAUACAAAGACCCUCAGGAUGAGAAUAAAAUUGGCAUUGAUGGGAUCCAGCAGUUCUGCGAUGACCUCACUCUGGAUCCAGCCAGCAUGAGCAUUCUGGUGGUGGCCUGGAAGUUUCGGGCAGCAACGCAGUGUGAAUUUAGCCGGAAGGAGUUCCUGGACGGCAUGUCAGAGCUGGGCUGUGACAGUCCUGAGAAACUGAAGGCCAUCUUGCCCAGGUUAGAACAGGAGCUCAAAGACCCUGCAAAGUUUAAGGACUUCUACCAGUUUACUUUCAAUUUUGCCAAGAAUCCAGGCCAGAAAGGCUUAGACUUAGAGAUGGCUGUAGCCUAUUGGAACCUGGUUCUGACGGGCCGCUUCAAGUUUCUGGACCUCUGGAACACGUUCCUGCUGGAGCAUCACAAGCGAUCUAUUCCAAAAGACACAUGGAAUCUUCUUUUAGACUUUGGAAACAUGAUUGCAGACGAUAUGUCGAACUAUGAUGAGGAAGGGGCGUGGCCCGUCCUCAUAGAUGACUUUGUGGAGUUUGCUCGGCCAAUCAUUACAGCAGGCAAGCGCAAAAAUGUAUAAUCACCACCUUCCUCUUGAAGAGGGAAGUGGCAUCUCUCUCCAUUUAGACAUUUUUUAUAUAAAAAUUAUUUAAAUAGAAAACAAAGAAAAUGCAAGAGACUUUAAAGAUGUGAGUCUGUGCUACCAAACAUGAGAUGAGUGCAGUACAAUGCAGAGCUGAACACACCGCAUCAGGAAUGAGUCAGAGUGCAUCAUGCGUAUCACCACCAGGGGGCGACAGUGGCGUGGAGGAGCGAGGAAGCGGCGUCAUCUGAUUUCAGUUGCCCCGCCUUUAAGGUGACUAAGUCGGGGUUUCCAUUCACCGGUUUUUACGCAGCUUUUGAACCCUAUUGGAAACUGAAGUAUCGUAACAAAGAUGGAAAUGAUGGAAGAGGAUGGAUUUUUUUUUGGAGUCUGGAGGUGUGUGUUUGGCUCCCACUAUUUUUUUUAUUAUGUUGUCAUCACGCUCCUUCUUCAGAAUAUUCCCAUAACAGCAGCUGAUGGAAACACGUUCAGAAAUUUGCCCCAGGUUGAAAAAACGUGCAUGAAAUCAUACGGCAUAGUGACAGACUUCAUGACCCAUUAACCGUCCACCAUCCACCAGUCUGCACAUUGAAGCCGUAGCUUGCAGUAGCAUCUCAAGUGCCAAGGCUGAAACCCAAGUGGGGGUGGAAUACAGGACGAUGAGGAUGACGGAUGUGUUAUCUGCAGUUGAUAAGUUUUAAGCGGGAAAAACGCAGGAUCCGUUUCAUUAAGCAGUGUCAAGUACAGGUCCUGUUUUAUUGAGCAUUGUUACAAUCAUGUUUAUACAACUUAAAAAUUCUAAUUUAAGUCUGAUGAUGUCCAGAUGAACUUGCAAAGAUGUGAAAAGGUGAAAAAUUCAUGAUCCUGAAGUGAGAAAACAUGCAGCGAUGCUCAGAACACCAGCAGACGUCAUAUUGCUACAGUUGUAAUAUACUGUAUCUAACAGUGAUGUACAGACGUGUUGUGGAAAACAUACAGAAAUAUUGUUACAUACAGUUUAUUAAUGUGGCAAGAAAGUGUUUGGAUGAAUUUCACAUUUAAAACAGAUGUCUUCAUUGUGCAGUUUCCAGAUCUAAGAGGCAAUAUUGGGUUUUAAGUUUGUUUUAAAUUAUUGGUUUCCUUUUCAGAUUUAUUUGAUUUAGUUUUUUU